CGCCAAAGGAAAGUUAAACCUCGGGCGGAUAUGUCGGGCUGGAUCCUUAGUAAGGGCGGAAGUACUCUUUUUAAGGGCGAAAAAGAUCAGAGCUAAGAAUAGCUCCACCUCCCGUCGUCCCAGUCACUUCCGUGGCGGAUCGGAAGUUGCUUUGUUUUGCUUCAAGAUGGCUGCUGGGAUGUAUUUGGAACAUUAUCUGGACAGUAUUGAAAACCUCCCCUUUGAAUUGCAGAGAAACUUUCAGCUCAUGAGGGACCUGGACCAAAGGACAGAGGACCUGAAGGCUGAAAUUGACAAGCUAGCCACCGAGUACAUGAGCAGCGCCCGCAGCCUGAGCUCUGAGGAAAAGCUGGCCCUUCUCAGGCAGAUCCAGGAGGCCUACGGCAAGUGCAAGGAGUUUGGUGAUGACAAGGUGCAGCUGGCCAUGCAGACCUAUGAGAUGGUGGACAAGCACAUUCGGCGGCUGGACACAGACCUGGCCCGUUUUGAGGCAGAUCUGAAGGAGAAGCAGAUCGAGUCAAGUGACUAUGACAGCUCUUCUAGCAAAGGCAAAAAGAAAGGCCGGACUCAGAAGGAGAAGAAGGCUGCUCGGGCUCGCUCCAAAGGGAAAAAUUCGGACGAGGAGGCUCCCAAGGCUGCGCAGAAGAAGUUAAAGCUCGUGCGCACGAGUCCGGAGUACGGGAUGCCCUCCGUGACCUUUGGCAGCGUCCACCCCUCAGAUGUGCUGGACAUGCCUGUGGACCCCAAUGAGCCCACCUACUGCCUGUGCCACCAGGUGUCCUAUGGCGAGAUGAUCGGCUGCGACAACCCCGAUUGUUCCAUUGAGUGGUUCCACUUCGCCUGCGUGGGGCUGACAACCAAGCCCCGGGGGAAAUGGUUCUGUCCUCGCUGCUCCCAAGAGCGGAAGAAGAAGUAGAGGAGGGCCUUGAGUUCCCAGUUCUUCCGCAUUCCCAGACCUG